ACUGUUCAUUGGGUAAUGAACAUCCAUGUUCCAGAGGGUGCAAGGGCUGCUCUAAAUCUGUCAGGAACUAUGCUCGGAUAUUAUCCUGUCAGGGUUCUGCCAUCAAAAACUGCCAUUGCACCAGUCAAUCCAACAUUCCUACCCAGGUCUGAUGAUGAACGGGAAAUGUGUGCGAGGACUAUUUACUGCACAAACAUUGACAAGAAGGUCACUCAGGCAGAUCUAAAAUUGUUCUUUGAGUCUAUAUGUGGAGAGGUCUUUCGGCUGAGGUUGCUUGGUGACUACCAUCAUUCUACUCGCAUCGCUUUUGUGGAAUUUGUGAUGGCAGAAAGUGCUACCGCUGCCCUGAACUGCAGUGGCGUGAUACUGGGAUCCUUGCCAAUAAGGUAAAAACUCUGACCA